AUGCUGCGCUGGCUGCGGGGCUUCGUGCUGCCCUCGGCGGCCUGCCAGGAAGACGAGGACUACUUCAACUACGAGAUCCUCUUCCAAGACCUGGACCACAACGGGGACGGGGUGGUGGACAUCAUCGAGCUCCGGGAGGGGCUGAAAAACUGGAGCUCCACGUUUGGCAUGCACUCAGAGAAGGACAUUUUUAAAGCUGGAGAUGCCAAUAAUGAUUCAAAAUUGGACUUUGAAGAAUUUGUGCAAUACCUUAAAGACCAUGAGAAAAAAAUGAGGCUGGCAUUUAAUAGUCUGGACAAAAAUAAUGAUGGAGUAAUAGACACUUCAGAAAUAAUUGAUGCUUUGAAAUCACUGGGUAUGAAUAUUUCUGAAGCUCAGGCAAAAAAUAUUCUACAAAGCAUUGAUACUGAUGGAACGAUGACAAUAGACUGGGAUGAAUGGAAAUACUACUUUUUCCUUCAUCCUGCAAGAAGCAUUGAAGAUAUUGCUGGUUUCUGGAAGCGUUAUACUAUAAUUGACAUAGGGGAGAGUAUAGCUAUUCCAGAUGAAUUUACUGAACAAGAAAAGCGUUCUGGAGAUUGGUGGAGGCGUUUGGUAGUGGGAGGAAUAGCGGGUGCAGUUGCAAGGACAUGCACAGCACCUUUUGACCGCUUGAAACUCAUGAUGCAGGUCCAUAGUUUAAAGUCAAGAAGAAUGAGAUUAAUUGGUGGGUUUGAGCAGAUGGUGAAAGAAGGAGGAAUUCGUUCUCUUUGGAGAGGAAAUGGUGCAAAUGUUUUUAAGAUUGCACCUGAGGCAGCCAUCAAGAUCGGGGCCUAUGAACAGUAUAAGAAAUGGCUUAGUUUUGAUGGCGCUAAAAUAGGAACUGUUGAGAGAUUUAUAUCUGGUUCAUUGGCUGGUGUAACUGCCCAGACCUGUAUUUACCCCAUGGAGGUAAUAAAGACCAGACUAGCUCUAGGUAAAACUGGACAGUAUUUGGGGAUUAUUGAUUGUGGCAAGAAGCUUCUGAAACAAGAAGGUGUCAGAGCCUUUUUCAAAGGUUAUAUCCCUAACAUUCUAGGCAUUAUACCUUAUGCGGGCACAGAUCUUGCUGUUUAUGAGCUUUUGAAGAAUUAUUGGCUAGAACAUUAUGCAGGAAACUCUGUCAACCCUGGGAUAAUGAUUUUGCUGGGGUGUAGUGCAUUGUCUCACACUAGCGGUCAGCUAGCCAGCUUCCCUCUGAAUCUUGUUAGAACACGCAUGCAGGCUCAAGCACUGGAGCAAAAAGAAACAACUUCUAUGAUUCAUCUCAUUCAAGAUAUAUAUAACAAAGAAGGAAAAAAGGGAUUUUUCAGGGGUUUCACCCCAAACAUCAUAAAAGUGCUUCCUGCAGUAGGCAUCAGCUGUGUGGCUUAUGAAAAAGCAAAAGGAUAUUUUGGAUUAAUUUAG